CCCUCCAAAUUUAUCCCCUCAAUCCGGCAUCGUGCCCUAACACUCCUUCCCCGCUCCUUCCAAAAACAAAAACAUGACCGCCGUCGUCUUCCUGCUCCUCUCCCUCUUCUUCUCCUCCUCUUCCUCCGCUUCUCCACCGCCUUAUCCCUACGAUGGAGUCGCCUACCACAUAGACUCCGGCAGCACCACCGACCAAACCGACCCAUUCAACACCACCUGGCUCGCCGAUCGCUUUUUCACAGGCGGCGCAUCCGCCAUCGUCUCCGAGCCCCUCCAAUUCCACCACCCCCAGGAGCAGACCCUCCGCUACUUCCCUUUAUCUUCCGGCAAAAAGAACUGCUAUAUAAUCCCCAAUUUGCCCUCCGGCCGCUACUACAUCCGCACCUUCACCGUCUACGACAACUACGACGGCAAGGCACACUCCCCCUCCUUCGACGUCUCCGUCGAGGGCACCGUGGUCUUUUCCUGGCGCUCCCCGUGGCCCGAGGACCUCGCCCGCACCGGAGCCUACUCGGAUCUCUUCGCUUUCGUCUCCGACUCAGACGCCGAUGUCUGCUUCUAUAGCAUUGCCACCGACCCUCCCGUCAUUGGAUCGCUCCAGCUCAUCCGGGUUGACCCGGAUUCCUACGACGCCGUUACCCUCGGCAAAGACUACAUUCUCGUCAACUACGGCCGUUUCACCUGCGGCUCCGAUCAGUUUGGCCCAGGCUUCAGCAACGACACCGACCUCUUCGGCCGCUCAUGGCAAAGCGACAAGGAUUUCCGAUCCACCAGCGACGAAUCCACCGUCCGAUCCAUCACCACCAGAAACACCAUUGCCAACACCGACCAGGGCCCUAACUAUUUUCCGAUGAAAUUGUACCAAUCGGCGGCGGUCGUCGGCGGCAAAGCCCUGGAGUACGAAUUGCAGGUGGACGCGAAGCUCGAUUACUUGUUGUGGUUCCAUUUCGCGGAGAUCGAUUCGAGCGUGACGAGGGCGGGGCAGAGAGUGUUCGACAUUCUCAUCGAUGGCAAGAAUGUGAAGCGAAUUGACAUAUUCAAGGAGGUGGGGAGCUUCGCGGCAUAUUCAUGGAAUUACACAGUGAAGAACUUGAGUAGUAAUGCUCUGAGUGUGAAGCUUCAGAAUGUCGUCGGCGCGGUGUUGAUCAGCGGGCUCGAAAACUACGCUCUGGUUCCUGCUGAUGUUUCCACUGUUCCAGAACAAGUGGUUGCUAUGAAAGCGUUGAAGGAAUCGCUUCGAGUUCCCGAUAGGAUGGGGUGGAAUGGUGAUCCAUGUGCUCCGUCCAAUUGGGUUACUUGGGAAGGAGUUUCGUGCCAGCAAAAUAAGAAUGGAACUGCCCUCGUCAUAUCUGGAAUUGAUCUUGGAAGUCAAGGAUUGAAAGGGUUUAUCAGUGACCAGAUUAGUCUCUUGUCGAACUUGUUAAGCCUGAACUUAAGCUCCAAUUCUUUGGAGGGCGUAUUACCAUCUGGGCUGGGCCAAAAAACUCUCCAUAGGCUGGAUUUGUCGAACAAUCAAUUUACUGGACCUAUACCGCAGAGUUUAGCGACUUCAAAUCUCCAGCUUGUGUUACUGAACAAUAACUUAUUGGAAGGCCAAGUUCCAGAGGAGCUCUAUUCUAUUGGUGUGCAUGGUGGAGCAAUUGAUCUUUAUGGUAACAAGGGUUUGUGCGGUGUACCAUCUUUGCCCGAUUGUCCUCUGUUUUGGGAAAAUGGAGGCUUAUCUAAGAAGGGUAAAAUUGCGAUAGCCGUAUCCUGUGUUCUUGUUUUUUGUCUGGUCAUGUUGGCAUUGUACAUAUUCUGCAUCCGAAGGCGUAGGAAUGAUUACGACUUUGGCCUACCGCAAGACUUAAUGUCACUUUCUGCUAAGAGAAACAGGUAUCAAAGACAGAAGUCCCUGAUGCUUCUUGAGAUGGAGAGCCAACAUGCCAAGGCAUUAACACCAUUUACUCCCCAAUAACGGCGACGCAGAGUUCUCUAUAGGAAUGUAGCAGUGUUAACAUUUCACUCGCGAAGAAGAUAUACGAUGGGGAACGUGAUUCUGUUUGUACAAAAUUACAAAAUUUUCAAUUCUGAUUUGGACAGCGCCCCAUCCCUGCUUCACAAGUUGGCCUCAUGUUUAUUGCAUAUGUUGGAACAAUUUUUUCAGGCACGAGGUCCUCCCGAAGCCGGUCUGCAGUACAACCUAUCGGAAAUUUUGAUUGUCGAAAGAAGCGCGCAAGUCCGGAGCCAUUAUACCGAAGUUUACGUGUUUAUAUUUAUAGUCGAAACUGGGGUCUCUUCCAAUUCUUUCCCCAAAUUAUAUAUCACUGAUUUUUAGUCAGAUUAGUGUUUCCCUGCAGAUAUGUGUACUUUUACUGUAGAGGAUUUUGAUAGAUAAUAUGCUAAUUUAAGUUUC